AUGGAUUCUAUCGUCUCCAGUUCAACGGUUCUUAUCCGAUCAUAUCUCACUCCGGUUCGUUCACUUUCUCCUGCUUCUGCCGUAUCCGUCAAGCCUCUGAGCUCAGCCCAGGUCGCAUCCUUCUCCGCUAACCGCCACAUACUUUCGUUCAGGUCCGGUGGUAGACGAACCGGGAAACUCUUAACCAGCGUUUCUAGCUCGACGAUAAGAUGCGGAGCAAUCAAGGAGAUCGGAGAGAGUGAGUUUUCGAGUACGGUUUUGGAAUCGGACCGGCCAGUUCUGGUGGAGUUCGUCGCUACUUGGUGCGGUCCCUGCAAAUUGAUCAUUCCCGCUAUGAAUUCCUUAUCCGAGGAAUAUGGUGACAGAUUGACGAUUGUGAAGAUUGAUCACGACGCUAAUCCCAAGUUAAUAGCAGAAUACAAGGUGUAUGGUUUACCGCAUUUCAUCAUCUUCAAGGACGGGAAGGAAGUUCCAGGUAGCAGAAGGGAAGGUGCUAUUACAAAGGCUAAGCUUAAGGACUACAUUGAUGGUUUCUUGAACUCAAUAUCUGUUGCUUAA